AUGCAUUAACUUUUUUGAAUAUGCUGAAAUCUCACAACAAUUUCAGUAAUACUGGUAAUUCGAAUGAUACUGAUGAUAAUCAAAUUGUUUCUCAAGAACUUGAAAAUGUCAAUUUAAAAUCGCGGGAAAAUCUUCAUAUAUACCUGGGAACACUUCCAUAUACAAUAACAUACAGUUCCAACGACAUUGAAAAAUUAACUCAAUAUAUUAGUCAUAUAAUUAACUAUGCAUGGAAUUUUAUCGAAACCUCACAGUUUACAAGUCUUUUUGACAAUGCCUCUUCUAUAGCUAUCAACAUGGUAUCAACCAUUCUGAAGUAUAAUAAUUUUCCAGGGAUUGAUAAAUGUCCAGUUUUAGUCACGGAAAAUAAUAUUCUCCUCAGUGAACCGAUAGUUGUGAUGACGAACCAAACUAAAAUGAUGACUCUUCAUGAUAAUAAAGAUAAUGCUAGUGAAAAUCAAUUAUGCGUAAUGGUAUCUCAAAAAUUACUCAGAGAAUGUUGGAAAGUAUGUUAUAUGCCGCAAGUGAGUUUUGACGACGUUACCCGAUACGAAACGUAUCAGGAUUUUGUGAACUUUACUCAUAAGAAUAUGAACGAAAUUCCGAUGCAAAAAGAAUUACUUCAAAUUUUUGUUGUUGCUGAUCAUGCAGCGAGUCAUUGUAUGGAAGAGCUUGCUUUUCAUAAUACUGAUUACAUUAAUCACAUCAACUUUGCUGAAUCAUUCUACACAGUACAUUCGCAAUUACGUAUCAAGUGUAAAAUAAAUGCAAAAAAGUCACCAUUUAAUAUUUUUAACAAUGUCAAUCUGUAAGUUCAAAUUAAGAUUCAUGUCCACUAGAUAUUCCAGCAACAAUAACAUAUUCAGCCAUUGAUAUCUUUUUCCCCGUGUCAGGCUAAUGACGGAUAGAAAAACAUAAGUGGUACAAAUUUUUGUUUUUU